GUGCCAGCAGCUGUGCUAGACUCCGCAAAUGCCAUGGCAGUCACCUUCUAGUGGGGAAAACAAAAGAAAGCAGGAAGGGGAUGGAGCAUCUUGACGGUGUGGCCCACCCUCAGGACCCUCACCACCCGUCGGAGAAGCCUGUCAUCCACUGCCAUAAAUGUGGGGAGCCAUGCAAGGGCGAGGUGCUCCGCGUCCAGACCAAGCAUUUCCACAUCAAGUGUUUCACCUGCAAAGUGUGUGGCUGUGACCUGGCUCAAGGGGGCUUCUUCAUAAAAAACGGGGAGUACCUCUGCACCCUGGACUACCAGCGGAUGUACGGGACGCGUUGCCAUGGCUGCGGGGAGUUCGUGGAGGGCGAGGUGGUGACUGCCCUGGGCAAGACCUACCAUCCCAACUGCUUUGCCUGUACGAUCUGCAAGCGUCCGUUCCCGCCCGGAGACCGAGUCACGUUCAAUGGGAGAGACUGCCUUUGUCAACUCUGUGCACAGCCAAUGUCAUCCAGUCCGAAAGAAGCCACCUGCUCCAGCAACUGUGCUGGCUGUGGAAGAGACAUCAAGAACGGGCAGGCGCUGCUGGCGCUGGACCAGCAGUGGCACUUGGGGUGCUUUAAAUGCAAGUCUUGCGGGAAGGUCCUCACCGGGGAGUACAUCAGCAAGGAUGGCGCCCCAUACUGUGAGAAGGACUACCAGGGCCUCUUCGGGGUGAAAUGCGAGGCGUGUCACCAGUUCAUCACAGGGAAGGUCCUGGAGGCAGGUGACAAACAUUAUCACCCCAGCUGUGCACGAUGCAGCAGAUGCAACCAGAUGUUCACAGAAGGAGAGGAAAUGUAUCUUCAAGGUUCCACGGUUUGGCAUCCCGACUGUAAGCAAUCUACCAAGACAGAGGAGAAGCUGCGGCCUACCAGGACCUCCUCGGAAAGUAUUUAUUCUAGACCAGGUUCCAGCAUCCCUGGCUCGCCAGGCCACACUAUCUAUGCAAAAGUAGACAAUGAAAUACUGGAUUACAAGGACUUAGCUGCCAUCCCCAAGGUCAAGGCGAUCUAUGAUAUCGAACGCCCGGAUCUUAUUACCUACGAGCCUUUCUACUCCUCCGGCUACGAUGACAAGCAGGAGAGGCAGAGUCUUGGGGAGUCUCCAAGGACCUUGUCCCCCACUCCGUCUGCGGAAGGCUGCCAGGACAUUCGGGAUCGGAUGAUCCACCGGUCCACCAGCCAGGGCUCCAUCAACUCCCCCGUGUACAGCCGCCACAGCUACACUCCUACCACGUCGCGCUCGCCCCAGCACUUCCACAGACCUGGCAAUGAGCCGUCCAGCGGCCGGAACUCCCCUCUCCCCUACCGGCCAGACAGCCGCCCUCUAACUCCAACUUACGCUCAGGCCCCUAAACAUUUCCAUGUUCCAGAUCAAGGGAUCAACAUUUACCGAAAACCACCCAUCUACAAACAGCAUGAUGCAGCUGCCUUGGCAGCCCAGAGCAAGUCUUCAGAAGACAUCAUCAAGUUUUCCAAGUUCCCAGCAGCCCAGGCUCCGGACCCCAGCGAGAUCCCAAAGAUUGAGACGGACCACUGGCCUGGUCCCCCCUCACUUGCCGCCAUAGGGACUGACACGAGACGCAGAUCUGGAGGCAGAGAGGAAGAUGAUGAGGAGCUGCUGCGACGCCGACAGCUUCAGGAAGAGCAGCUGAUGAAGCUUAACUCAGGCCUUGGGCAGUUGAUAUUGAAAGAAGAGAUGGAGAGAGAGAGCCGGGAAAGGUCAGCCAGUCGCCACGACUCUCCCAUCCACUCAGUUUCUCACGCUCUAUCAUCUAAAACUUCGUCUCUCCCUGGCUAUGGGAAAAACGGACUUCACCGGCCUGUUUCCACGGACUUUGCUCAGUAUAACAGCUACGGGGACGUCAGCGGGGGAAUACGAGACUAUCAGACGCUUCCAGAUGGCCACAUGCCCGCAAUGCGAAUGGACAGAGGAGUGUCCAUGCCCAACAUGUUGGAGCCAAAGAUAUUUCCAUAUGAGAUGCUCAUGGUGACCAACAGAGGGCGCAACAAAAUCCUCAGAGACGUGGACAGAACCAGGCUGGAGCGCCACUUAGCCCCUGAGGUGUUUCGGGAAAUCUUUGGAAUGUCCAUACAGGAGUUUGACAAGUUACCUCUCUGGAGACGCAAUGACAUGAAGAAAAAAGCAAAACUCUUCUGAGUCCCACACGUGAACGGCAACUAGAAAAAAGGACUGGCAUGGCCGGUGAUGCAAAAGAUGUCCUAGGAAGGCCCAAACUUGAUCAGAGGACGUGCAAACUGCUACCCGCAGCAACAGCAUGCAGGGAGAAUCUGGCUCAAACACACCCACAAGCCAAAUAUUGGACCCGCUCUCAGUGACACUUGCCAAGAAGCAAUGGGGUAGAAAUUUCUAUGUUCCCACACUCAACAGGAGUGUCCACAGGUGACCUCUUUACACAGCCUUCUGUGCACGACAGGAGCUACUUUUCUUUCUUCUUUCGUUUUCCUUUAACUGUUGUCCAACAGUAGUGCUGACCGUACAGAUAAGAGCCAGCAAGUGCCCUUAGGAUGCCGCACGAGGGGGAACGGUUGUGAUGGUUCCAAAGUAGGAAUCUGGUCAUCGUGUAGCCCUGUAGCGAAGAAGGAACAUGGCCACGUGGCAGCGGCCACUCUGCACACGGCUCUCCCUACAGCCUCGCGCAGAUCCACCUGUGCCCUGGCAGGGGUGGGGAUCCGUCAGGGAACUGAGCAGUCCUACGAGGGCUUCAGAUCAGCCAAGAUGAUUUUUAACGAGCCCCUUGUUUUCUGCUCCCUGGGACCUGGCUGGCCAACUGCUUAGCCGUUACUCAAAAGAAAAUUGAAAGCAAAGGAACAGGAAUGCAGGAAGCCCUCCCCCAAACUCUCGGUCUGCUGCCGAUGGCGUGCUUAAUUCUUCCUCCCCACCAAACAGGAGCUGUCUUGGGCUCCACCUUUGCAGAGAAAUGAGACAAAAAUCCUCUCCAGGUUGGCCCACUUGCCUGCUCCUUGGUGAUUUUUGUCCCUGGGGCCGUCUGAUUCUCAGCAACACAGAAACCAGCUCCACGUCCCACCACCAACACACGUUCUCCCUUCCAGCAUCUGCUCCCCAUCUGACGCCCUGGGAAUCAGCCGCAGCCCACGCUGGUUUUACUUCUUAAGGUCUUGUCAGUAAUAGGCUAAGGACAGGCAUGUUUUCCCCUUGAAAAUCUCGGCGAUUCCAGAGUAGAUUGCCUCAAACGGAUUUUGUUUGGCCUUCCCAGCUUUUCUUCUUGUUAGCGCUGCUGACAUCGUGGGGUGUGGGGGCGUGGGGGCGGCUCUAUGUCGGGGAGUGAGAACUUCACCCAUGGCUGUUGUGGGAGUCUGCAUGUCUCUUGAAUUUCUGUUUGAAUGUUUAGCCCGCUGCCUUGCAGCUUCUGAGUGUCAUUUUCCCAAAUGCACAUGGCUCAGCAGUCGAGAGGGGAGGCAGAUGGUGCCCCCAAAAUCAAGCUGGAGCCCUCCACACGCAGGUGUCACUCACGGCAGAAUCAGACCGGAGAUGGCAGAGCCAGGGCCACGCAGGGCAUGGGGGGCGGGGCUUGUCAGAACAGCCCAACCUCUGCAGCAGUCAAUUCAGAUCCGAGCUCAGGAUUUCAGCAGCACGUGGAAGGGUCAGACCACAUCGCGACGAGAGCGGUGAGGAAGGGGCUCCCCAAUUCCACGCGCAGGAAGUUAUACCACCUUGAUUCCCCCGCUCAACAGUUCUGCCGAGGGAUGUAAGCUCUGUCUUGCAACCCAAGGAGGAAGCAUGGGGCUUCACCUGCUCCUGCCACCGUAGACACAGCCCAGAACCUCUUCCCACUGCAGCCAGUGUGAGCAUCACCAGCUGUCCGUCUGACUGACACCAGUGGCAAAGGCCAAGUGCAGCCGUUUCGGAACGCGGGUUGCAGACCCAGGUGAUCUGCUUCCAUCUCCUGGGUCCUGUACCGAACACUGCCGUUGCUUUCUAGUCUUCUCCUGAGCUGUUACUGAAGGAGCCUGAAUUUGCCUGCCUUGUCAAUGCAUGAAUGUUUGAGAGCUGGUCUCCUGUGAGUGUGUGUGUAUGCGUGUGCGCACGCAUGUGCGUGCAUAGGAUUUACUAACGUGUUCAGCAAGUGGCUCUGACAGGGUGGGCCUCAGACCAGCUACUGCUUAGUCCAAACCACAGCCAGCCCGCGGUUUGCAGUCCGGCACCUUCAUGUCUCCUCUGUUGCGGCUUGCUGCGUCUCACAUCACUCUGUGCUGUCUGGCACUGGCAGUCCCAGCACAAGGCCUGUGCAUCCCCGUCCUUGCCUUGCCCUGGCAGACCAUGGAGGGAGGGAGCUGUUAUGACACCUUCCCAGUGUUCCCUCCACAAUCUGUAACAGUGCUGGCCAAGAGAGAAUUUUUUUCAUAACAGCAAUAAUAAGGACACCCCUCCUCUGUUUUCCAUUGAUUAAUGAGUUCUUACCUACACCCAGGCAGAUUAAAAGCCCGUGUAGGGAAUAUUGGGAUAUUUGGAAGCAUGGGUGCAAUCAGAUGGCUUUGCUAAAAUUCCCAUCUCUUGGUCUGCAUAGAGAGGACACGGUUCUAUCAUAGAUGAGGACAUAAGACAGAAAAAGGGACAAAGGCACAACCCCCCUCUUUACAUUCAGAGACCCAGAGUUAAGGGGCCUGCCCAAGGUUGCUGCAACCAUUGGAGAACUGAACCCUAAAUUCUCCCACUGAUGAAACCCUGCUUUUCUCAUCUCUUCGAACACAGUUCUGCAUCCAUCCUGGGGUAAAGAGUUCAUUGAAAUGGUCAUGCACAAAAUGUGUCAUGCACAAAAAGCCGUCAGAGCUCAGUGGCCUCCAAACUGCAAGCCCAGAGGAGUGGGAAUCACGCAGGGGCCCCUGGGAGGCUUCUCUGCUCCACUGCCAGGCAGAAGGCUCCAGUGGAAGGACGGGUCACGGGCCCACCUGGUGGUCUGCCAAGCCUCACGUAAGGGCGUCAUGCCCCAUCCAUUUGGUUACCCUGGGCUCGCCAUGCUUGUCCACAAAGUUCCCCAGGCCACAGCACAGAGGAUGGGUGUCCUCCGCUUUCACCCCUGUCCUGCACGAUUGAUGAGAAUUCCAGUUUUUAGCACAGUCAAAGCUCGUUCACGCUAGCAAAGGAAUGACAAACAUGGCUGGCUUCCCUGGUGCAUACAUAAAGGGCUACAUUUUCUAGCAUUUGACUUACUUGGGACUCCAAGUGCAUACUGAUUGCAUGAAGUAAAAGGGGCCUCUAUGAUAUAAUGAAAGUCAGUGCUUCCUUUAAAAUUUCUUCAAGCAAAUCCACUCCGUCACCCAGUCUUCCUGAGCAAGUUAUUCCUGAGCUGUGAGAAGCAUUUGGAAACUCGCACCGCAGCUAUGCAUGUACAUUUUGGGCUUGGGGUUUUAUGAAAUGUCCAAUACGACUUCUUCAAGGACUACACAAAAACCGCCUGUCCUCAGAAACCUCAGAGAGAAUAAGUUGGGUCAAUGGGUAACAGAGAAAAACAGAACGGGGCGAGUUUUCUGUCUUAGGUCCUCCGGGAACCCCCGCCCCUGAUUCUGCCAUCUCGCAGCAGAGAAAGAUCCUGGAGUAGCCCCUUGCUCAGUUCUCCUAUCUCCCUCCCAGCCUGGGGUGCGGAGGACUCCCACUGGGUGAUGUUUCUACGGUUUCCACCUCAAUUCUUUGUACUUUGAGGGGAACAUCUUUUUCUAAGAAUUACUUCCCAGAUGAUUAUCUAAAAUAUGUACACUUUUGCAAGGUUAAGAAAUUCAAAUGAACCACUUUUGACUAAGUCUUUCUAAAAGCAAAGCAUUUCAAGCAGACAUGGUGUUGCGUUCUGUGUUGUGUGGAGGGGCAGGUGUCACUCCGGGCUGUGUGCCCACAGAGCCCUGUUUCUUUCUGUCACUCGUGAAAGGGUGGAAGGGCCAUGAACUUGGUCCCGCCGACCCUUCUGCAUCCUCUAAAGCCAGCCCAGUUUUCAUAAAUCGCCUCUGCUGUGUUUCUGACCUGUGCUUCCUAUACCAGCCUUGAUUUUUGAUUUUUAAAAUGAUUUUCUUUUGACAAACCAAGUGUGUGUUGGUAUGCCCUGAAACCUGCUCUUGCUGCUCCCUUUUGAACAAUUUUCUGCCCAGCAGAAGAGAUUAUUUAGGGCUUGAGAUUUGCAUGAUGCCAUCUUGCAGUGACAAUGUGGAGCUAUGCUGUAAUGAAAGAAAGAGAAACUUUUACUUUGGCACUUAAAAAAAAAAUUCACUGUCUUCCCAUUUGCUACCCAGGAAGCAAUCAGAGAUGGUGACUGGUACACUUUGCCUAGGAUCGUUCUGUUUCUAUUUGGACAAGUUUAAUUUAUGGUAAACUUAAAAACCAGCGGGGAGGUGGUCAGUUAAAGCUGAAAAGGAAACUUUCUAAACCAUGUAUGUGUCCACAGUAAAAUUAAACAAGCCCAACAUUUUUCUGAAGCUUAGCAUAAUUGAGUGGUGGUUACUAUCAUGAACUUAAAAUUCUUCCCCAAAGUGUCUCUCCCAGAAGUGAGGUUCCCAUGAGGCCCUUCCGGAACUCGUUGACCGAAAAUGGAAGGAGGCCAGAUCGAAGGCACUGACCUUGAAAAGGGGGGUGAGCCACUUGUGUGUGCACAGGCUCCUCCAAGGCCACAUGGAAGAGGAGACACUUGUCCACAGAAGUGAUGUUCUUUGGGGCUUGUGUGUACAGACCUAUCCAAUAACAAACGUGUGUGGCUUCUGUGACUUGCUGAUGACUGCGUCGAAAUUCCUGGGGGUCUUUCGUUUCUAAGUUGGGUUGAUGAUGGAAUGUUUCCCAAGUGUUGAAAGGCAUACAGUUCUUCUUGACCUCCCUCCCCUUUCAGAAAAAGCAAAUAUUUAGAAGAACUCCCUUUGGAAAGCUGUGUUGUGUUCCCCGUGAGAUUGAGUGGGCGUGCGUCUGCACCCCGAGUACCGCGUGCUCGUGUGCAGAGGAGGGGGUGGCCUGCCGGUCUCCACGAUGCUGUGCUGUGCUGUCCUGACCUGCUCCACGCUCCUUUGCCAUUAUACUCUGCGUGUGUCACCGUUGUAUCUCACAACUCCGUGAAUAAAGUGUGUGCUUUAUUCGUC